UCCCUAUUGCAAGACAUAAAAUAUUGACAGUUGUAGUUUUUUGCAAUGGGGAAACAUUUUGGCGAAUUAUAUACAAUACGUGGAAUCAUCUACUACACGAUUUCUCCACAUGAACAAAAACCCUUCGCGGGGUGUAUUAAAGGCAUUCCUAAUAUCAUCUUUGUAAGGACAUUGCCGAGGAUGUGGACUUGGUUACCAACGUUAAUUACAACAAUAUUGGUGUACAAAGGUGUUGAAGCAGCACACAAGCAGAGUAAGAGAAAAAACCCCGACGACUAUAUAAAUGAAGUAAAACCAGAAGAAUGAAGCAACCAAUAAGUAUUUUUAUUACAUAAUAUGGUCGGAAAAAGUAAAAUUUAUUGUA